UCGUCGAUCCCGCUAUCGAUGUGGUCAUGCCUGAAUCGCUCCCUGAAUUGCAGGAGGCUCCUCCCUCGACACCUGCAGCCACGAGCACCCUUGACGUUAGCCCUAAAUCGUCGUUGGAUGACGGCCAGGAUGAGACUGCAAGCGAUGGCAGUAACGAUACGCCAUUGCGCGAUGGAGCUACGGACGGUGUAGACACAGGCGUUCAGGCCCUCGUCGAGCAGCAGGACGGUAACCACCACCUCGAGGUUGAGUCACCGUCAUCGUCGGACCCGCCUUCGGCUGACGCGCACCAUGACGAGACAGCCUCCGCUAGCCAGCCUCAACCACCGGAAGAUGUCGAACAGCCUGGCUCGUCCGACACUCAUGGGGUCUUCGAUACCGUAACGCACUUGCUGAAGGCAGGCGUUGGGGCAACAGUUGAGGCUAUCGUGUCGCUUUCCCCGCUCGGGAUCCCUGACUCCGGAGCAUCGGCGGUGCCUUCGGUGUCCGAACUAUCCUUCCCUCGCAUCAAUAGUGAGGCUCAGGGAUCGGUCGAUAAUCUGGCAUCGCCAACUAGCAUUCCACUGCCGUUGCCCGAUGGUGAUGAAGCCGCAGCUUUGGGAAUUGAGCCUGAUACGCCCGUGGUCGAAUCCGUUCCUCGCCCCAAUGACACGGACUUGCAAAAUCAACAAACCAGUAUCGACGAACCGGAGGCUGCCCUCUUCGACGUGGACGAUACGGGGCUGGGAUUCGUUCCGACUUCCGAACGUGAACACACGCGUGUCCUGCCCGAAGAUUCCGUAACUUCACCAGGAUCGCCCACCAUUCCAAUCGGCCUCGCACUGCCUCCGGUUCCCUCCGUCACGUACGAUUUCGACGAGAUCUUCAAAGCAACGUUCGGCAACGCCACCCCGAUUGACAGCGGUUCCGACUCCAACGGUUCGAGAGCCUCUCGACGUCGAAGCGCGCCGGAAAUCUCCCUCUCCAUGAUCAGUACACUUCUCGCCGGCCAUGAGGAGAAGUCCCAAAGCCCUCCGGUGGUCGUCGAGCUGAAGCAUAGGCGCUCCAGAUCUCGACCCUCGAUAGCACGCGACGACUGCCCGUCAGGGCCCUUGUUCGGGAGCUCACAAUCGAAUUGGGAGAAAGAUUUUCUGGCAGAUCGUCGUCAUCGACGCAGUGUAGGCGAACCCAACUUGCGCUCUCCUUCAACCAUAUCUCCUACCAUCCCUUCGCAAGCCGCAGCCGAUACGAAACAUCACGUCUCGAUGCUUUCCCCCAUAUCUGAAACGCCACCGCCCUCAGCAGCUGGCCUGUCUGAGUGUGGCAUCAUUCCCGAUACCUCAGCCCGGAAAACUGAGCCCUAGAUUAUGCAGAUACCCGUCCAUGCCCGUCGCGCGCCUUGUCACGUAGAGUCAGUAUUGCUUGUAUAACUUAUCAAGGGGUAGGUUCUGCACCUCAAGAUCGCCACGAGCGAUCUUGAGGGUCAGAAUCUUGCGAUUGAUUAUUUUACUUGUUGUACAAUGUAUGCCUGUUUUCGUCGGACUGUGUUGUCUCCAUAGCUCCCUGUCUUGUUGGCUUGUGUUAUCCCUGUCGAGUAUUCUUCUGUAAUAGUACUGUUUUGGCAAUCGCG